UAGCUGCCAUGGAAAUCAAGCCGGAAACUGCACAUCAUGAUUCUCAGCUGCAUACAGAACUGUCUCCUAGACCUAAUUUCCAGCCAUCUACAGGUCCCGGUAACGGAUCUCUCGAUACCUCCCUUGCAUCUUCAACAAAUGUUCCCAUGAGCAUUAUCAUGCCGAAACCUCAUCCUGCUGCCGGAUUGAAACCAUCGAAAGGAGAACGAAACCAGUACAUACUUCCGGAAGCCGAUACGACUCGAGCGCAGCAGAGUGAGAAGGAUGCUAUGAAAGAGCGGAACUGUAUGGUACCGAAAACAUCGAAAACAGUGUGCCAGAUAGUCGAUUCCAUGGAGAGGAAACUCAUUGUAGCCCGAGCCGGAAAAGAGAAGAAGCUAAGUCGAAAAAUGAGACGUGCUUUAGAAAGAGAACAGAAAACACGCAGGGAGGCAGAAGCGGCGUUCUCAGAAGUCCCUGUAACUGGAAAGGAGUCAAUUAAACUGGUCGGAGAUACCACACCAGGUACGGAUCUCGGUGCAGCAUCUUUGAAGCACAGGUUUCCGGAGAAAACCGGUUCCAUUAAUAUCAUUCCUGUCACCAUCCUCCCAACUAUCGCAUCCGAAAACGCCCAAGCCAGCCAGUUCGUGCAUUCGGGUGUUGCGUUGCCGGAAAUUGAUUCAAAUGUUGUCAUAACUAAACAACAUAACGACGAAGUAUCGGAAUUUGAAGCGAAAGGGAUAACCGCGGACAGAGAAGCCUCCGCAAGUAGUAAAUGGUGCGAUCAGGAAAGAAACCAGCAUGUCGGACCAAUAAGGAGAAGUUCAAAUGAGGAUAACAUUGAACAUCAAUUCAGGGAAGGACCCUGGGACACCAAUGCAAGACCAGAACCUAGACGUAAUCUCGAAGGCGAAUGAGGGAAUAGUGGUAUCGAUGAGACGGCGAAAUGAUG